AUGUCAACAAACCCGUCAGCUCUCGUGCGACCACCGUCCGCCGGAAACAAUGAUCUGAUCUGCUGGAAACGAAGACACCCACCCAUCAGGGUUCUGAACGCAAAUGUUCUUCUGUCAACCUAUUGGAUUCCACCGUCGAUAAAUUUAUGUUGCAAUUUUGCUGAUGAUCUUCACUGGAGAAACGAGCAAGACGACGAUGUCGAUAGGGAGGGAAAACAGAACAAAAAUUUAUUGGACUUAAGGAUAAAGAUAAUUAAAGUGGCCAAUAGAGGAAAAUUUUCUUGGACAGAUUGCUUCUACAACACAAGAGUUGGCUCAUUUCAUACAUUUUGGAAAAUUAUUCCAUAUAGCUCGAAAAAGAUCUUGCAAAAGCAGAAACAAAGCAUGGGUCUCGACCUGUUGGCAAAAUUGACAACCGACAUCCACUCUACUGAUGAAUAG